CUUGGCCUUAAUGAUUCCCAUUCAAAAUAAGAAGCCAUUCACUCUUGUACUUACUCUAGAUGAGCCUCAUCGAAAGAUUCUUCUUGGAAUGAAGAAACGAGGGUUCGGAAUGAACAAAUACAACGGAUUUGGAGGAAAACUUGAGCCCACAGAGACGGUUGAGGAAGCUGCUCACCGUGAACUCUGGGAAGAGUCGACUAUUAGUGCUAGAAACAUGAAGAAAGUAGGCCUCAACCUGUUUAGCUUUGAAAACAAUCCUGUGGCAAUGGAAGUACAUGUUUAUGUGGUUACUGAAUAUGAUGGAACACCUACUGAAACUGAAGAGAUGAGACCCGAGUGGUUCUCUUAUGAUGAUAUUCCGUACGAUGAUAUGUGGACAGAUGAUCGUCAAUGGAUUCCGAUUAUGUUAAAAAAUAAGAAAUUCAUAGGCGAGUUCUAUUUUGCAGAGGACCAAAAGCGUAUUAUCUCACAAGUCUUGGAGGAAGUAGACGUAGUACCUGCUGAAUUUGAUCUCUCUCAACGCAAACUGUGAACAACACACACACAUAUAUACAUAUUUGGAUUGCCAAUUAUCUCAGUUUGAUAUAAACUAUACAUUAUAUCAUUUUUUUGUUUAUUUAAAAAUCCCUUUAUCGACCAUAUUUCCUGAUUACAUCUCUGAGAUGCACUGAUCUUAUUCUAUAUACUUCCAGCUUUAUCUUAGUAAUAUCACUCUUGCUGACUUCUGGAGAAUUAUCAAACCCAGGUUCCGUUAAACUAUCACCGAGUCGAAUGUUUGCAAUACAAUCCCUUAGGCCUUCGAUAACCUUUUUCAUGACAGGAUCAUCUACAUCAAAUCCAAGAUCACUUUUUAAAGGGUCAUAGCUCUUCUGGGGUUCAGAAUAAUAUUUUUUCAUAUCUUGCUCCAAUUGUGGUGUCAUUCUUUUGUUAUCAAUUACUCGACUUGAUAUACCACGUUUGUGAAUACCUUGGUUCAAGAGACGUUCUUCGAUUGUCCCAUUGGUAACCAAACGGUAGAUAUAUACCCGCUUUAAUUGUCCGUAACGGUAGACACGUCCAAUACUCUGUUCUUCGUGACAGGG